AUGUCUCGCCACUACUCGCGAAGAGAGAAAGAGAAAUGGGUCGCAGAAUCUCGGACCCCGACGAAACGCUCCCCUGUUCGAAUCCCAGAAAGUAAUAAUGAAGACCUCAUCGCAGCUAACUUUCUAACGGUGAUUGGCCGUGUAACCAAUCCUCAGGUACAACGCCCACGAGCUGUAGUGGAUUUCCUCCCUCAAGUUUGGAACCUUGAAGGACGGGUCACAGGGAGAGCCCUUGGAACAGAUAGAUUCCAGUUCAAGUUUGUCUCUGAAGAUGACUUGUUAACGGUUCUCCGCAAAGGACCCUAUCAUUACAAGAAGUGGAUGCUGCUAAUACAGAGAUGGGAACCUGUAGUCUCUGCUCUUUUUCCUUCUACCAUCAGCUUUUGGGUCAAUAUUCACGGAAUUCCUCUUCACUUUUGGAAUGAGAAGACUAUCGACAGUAUUGGGGAUGCAUUGGGUAACUGCCCUGUACGUAUUCCUGAUGAAGCACGUUUGAGGAUGGAUGCCAACGGACUACAACCUUUAGAGAUGAGCAGAGACAUCUUGCUGCCAACAGGGGAAGUCACAGAGGUCGAAUUUGAGUAUGUCAAACUCGAGAAGCACUGCUUCCAGUGUCACUCUCUCCUUCAUGAAAAGGAAAACUGA